AUGCUGUUCUCGAAAUUCCUCACCUCUGCCUCUGUUGGCCUUCUGCUCUCUUUGAUUGACCAACUGUCUGGCAAGGUUCUGAAUGUGGGGGCCGACUUAGGUCUCAUUGACGGCAAAGGAACAUUCUUUGCGAACGCGCACUACCAGUUCCAGACAAACGACGGUGCCAAUAUCCUGGUACGCGCUAAUGGGCCAGGCUUACAGAACGGCCCGCAUCCCGUGACACGUAUCACGCUGGAGACUGGAAGCGAGAAGUACUACUGGUUGAACAACAUCGUCGUGGUGGGAGAGUCGACCCCCGGAGAUGGUUCCGUCAGCAUCAAUGCAUGGCAGAUUAUCCCUACCGCUUGA